CUUACUAAGUUUACUUAUUUUAUAUUAUAUAAAAAAGUAAAUAAUACUAAAGAAUUGGUAUAUAUUUUUUUUAAAAUAGUUAUUAUUAACCACGGUUUACUUAAAAAAAUAGUAUUUAAUAAAAAUAAGUUAUUUACUAUUAAGUUUUAA